AGAGUCCAACCAGUGUUUCAGUAGCAUUGGGAUAGAUAGUACGUGCUCGGUACUCGUCUCUCUGACUGUAUUAUUAUUGCCUGCGUCACUUAUUCAAUAUCAUGCCUGUUUUGGGUUACUGGAGCCUCCGAGCACUGGCGGAGCCCAUCCGCACGUUGCUCACCUACACUGGAACGCAGUAUGAGGACAAGACCUACGACAUCGGCCCAGCCCCCGCCUACGACCGGUCUGAGUGGUUCAACGUCAAGUUUAGUCUCGGCCUUGAUCUUCCCAAUUUGCCAUACUACAUAGACGGCGACGUGAAGCUGACGGAGAGCAGCGCCAUCAUCCGCCAUCUUGGCCGCAAGACGGGACUGGCGGGCGCCACGGAGCAGGAGAAGAUGCGCAUCGACGUCGCUGAGAGCCUCUACGCCGACCAGACCGGGAGUUUCGUCAGGCUCAUUAUCAGCCCCAACUAUGUGAGUAUGGAUUGA